UGACCCUAUUGUAAUUUGUAAGUCGUGGGACGGAACGGAACCAUGCCUCCACUUCGGUGUCCCCCGUUUCCCCGAGGUCAGCUCAGCCCACUCGAGGUCCCAAGACUCUUUCCCUCGCUCCCUUCUCUCUGGGCUGAGGAAGCACCCUGGCGGUGAGAAUAGCAGUAGAGACAUGACUGAUGGUCAACAUGUUCAUCUCGUGGUCUUUGAACCCUGACUCUGACCCUGCCACUCCCUCCGAGUCAGAUUCAUCGCCUCCAAAGGUGCCCCAGCCCAAGGUUCGGUCCCGCACCGGCUGCCUAACGUGUCGUCGGAGACGGCUCAAAUGCGACGAAGCUCAUCCAGUAUGCAUGCGCUGUCAGCGGUCGAAGAAUCACUGUGUCUACGGGGUCCGCCUUCAAUGGCAGGAUGAUAUGCGCACAGCGGGGAAGUGCCACGGACGAACCGGGAUCGGCUCCCGAAAAAAAUCGCUGCAAUGCAUGGAAUCCGCAGAAGAUGACCUUUCGCAUUCAACACGGGCCCAGCAACAAGAUCAUCCUGAUAACGAUGGGGUAUCCGCGUUGAUCCUCACUCCACCCUCCUCGCACAGUCCACUGCGGGCCGCGACGUCAGAAUGCGUCUCCAUUCCAACGGAAAACAGUUAUCGAGCUCGCUAUUAUUCUUGGAAAGAGGGAAAGGUUCAGUCACCCAGGACUUCGCUCCAGGUGCUGCCAUGGAGCAUCGGAGUUCCUGAUGUCGACGAUGUAUGUCUGUCAUUCUAUGAGUCGGUGAUGUGCAAAGUUGCCGUCACCGUCGACGACGAGUACACCAAUCCUCUCCGCAACACGGUGAUGCGCAUGGUAUUUCGGUCUGAACUGGCCUAUUAUUCUGUGCUCAUGGCCAGUGCGCAGUAUCUGCGAUCUUUCGAGCGCCGCUUCGAUCUUCUGGAAAUGCAGGUCCGACAGAAGGUGCUUGGGGGGUUGCGUCGGGCAUUGACGAAACCUUGCUUGGAUUUGGAGGACGUGUUACUACCGACGAUAUUUCUCUGCUCUUCAGCUUGUCAGAUUUCCCACAGCUGUGAUGCCUCCUGGGUUCGCCAUCUGACCUGCUUCCAACUAGUCAUCAAGCAGAAGAUUCGGGGCCACACGCCAACCUAUGUGCCCCAACUUUUCCUGAGCUACUUCUCCGCCCACCUAGUGCUAGCCAAGUCGCUCUUUCCCAUAGAUAGGGUACUCACGGUUGUAGAUGUGUGGAAUGAUCCGUCAUCGACAGUAAAUGCAGAAGGAGCCUCCUGGACCUCCUCGGAGGUAUUAUCCAAGGUGAUGAGGCCAGAGACACUGAACGAAAUUGAUAUGUGGAAUGGCAUGAGCAAUCACAUGCUCCUGUUAAUCAAUGAUAUAUUGAGCCUCAAGGAUGACGUCCAAGCAUUGCAUGAGCAAGACAUGUUGCUCGAAGAGAAGCAAACGGCCAUUGAGGCGAAGAUCACCACCUUGCAGACGAGCCUCCAAACCAUCACACACCUGCUCCCGAACUCUCUGCAUCAAUUUCGCGACUCCGCGGAGGGUGCGCAUCGUUGCCGCCUCCUCGAAUAUACCAGCGAAGCAUAUCGUCUCGCUGCCUGUCUGCUCCUCUCAGAGGCGUCCACACCGGCUUUUCUCGGUUAUACUAGCGGAUUCGGAAUGGGUUUGGACACGAUGCGAAAGCAGCGACACAUAGAUUCGAUACUGUCACUGGUAGAGUCCAUCGUCUCAUCCUUGGACUAUCUUCCAAUCUCUUGGCCUUUGUGGGCCCUCUUCAUUGCCUCAUGCUGCAGUACUUCUGAACCGGAGAAAACACGGGCCCUGGCGCUGUUUCAUGCCGCGCAGGGGAAAGCUCCAUAUGAGAAUACGGUGCGGGCACAGACAGUAGUGGAACUGCUAUGGCAGCGACGCGGGCUGAAUGUGGAAGGAGUGAGAAUGCGGAUCGGUCGGUUUGAGUGGGAGUCAGUCAUGGAGUUUCUGGGGUGGCAGACGAGCUUUGCCUGAAUCACCUGAUUCACGCCCUCGUGAUUCCCAACUGUACUAGUUUUAUACCCCAACGCAUUCUAUUAUGUAUUCGACUAUGGAGCCCUCAACAAUCUAACAAUAGGUUCUCUAAUCUCGAGACUGCAACCUACAGGCAGUACCGAUAGUUCUCGUUUUGCCAGUCCGACACAUCGCCGGUGGCACUCUGCU